AUGGAAUCGGAGAUUUUAAUCAACGGUCAGCUCGAUCUCGGCGACAUGGCGGAUUUCAUCGCAGGCGACGCCUGCGACUUCGGCGACUGCUUCUCCGACGACGAGUUCGACGUUGACGAAUUGGAGCGGCGCAUGUGGAAGGAUCGCCUGAAGCUGAAGCGAAUCAAGGACGGCCAGAAGGCUAAAGACGGCGAGGUAGCAACUCCGGCAGAUGACGCGCGAGAUGCGGCGGGAGACGCGGCGGCGGAUGAGCCGAAGGACGGGGGACCGGAGGACGAGCAGAAGACGCGGCAGCGGCAGUCGCAGCAGGACCAGGCGCGGAGGAAAAAGAUGUCGCGCGCUCACGAUGGCAUACUUAAAUACAUGCUUAAGAUGAUGGAGGUGUGUAACGCGCAGGGGUUCGUGUACGGGAUUAUCCCCGAAAAAGGGAAGCCAGUUGGCGGAAGCUCCGACAAUUUGCGCGCGUGGUGGAAGGAUAAGGUGCGGUUCGACCGCAACGGCCCCGCGGCGAUUGCGCGCUACACCGCGGAGCAGGCCGCCGCUUCUUCCGCCGCCGCUGCCGCCGCCGCGGGGGGAAACGGCAGCGUGUUUCCCGGCGGGAUGGUCCCAGGCGCGGGCGGAAUCGGCGGGAGCGGAGUUUCCGCGCUCGCGACGCCGCAGACGCUGCAGGAGCUGCAGGAUACGACGCUGGGAUCGCUGCUCUCCGCGCUGAUGCAGCACUGCGACCCGCCGCAGCGGAGAUUUCCGCUCGAGAAGGGCGUUCCGCCGCCCUGGUGGCCUUCCGGGGAGGAGCACUGGUGGCCGCAGCUGGGGCUGACACGUGGCACCGGCCCGCCGCCGUACAAGAAACCGCACGAUUUGAAGAAGGCGUGGAAGGUGGGCGUGCUGACGUCAGUGAUUCGGCAUCUGUGUCCUGACGUGGCGCGCAUUCGGAAGCUGGUUCGUCAGAGCAAGUGCCUGCAGGAUAAGAUGACGGCGCGCGAGAGUGCCACGUGGAACGCCGUGCUGGACCAGGAGGAGGCGGAGAUUCUCAAAGCGCAAGGGCGGCUCGAAGACGCGGCGAAAUUCGAUCCGUUUGCUGUCGGAUCGCCCGUAAGGGCCCCCGGCGCGGGCGCGUUCGAGCGCGACGGCGGAAUUGGCGGAGGGAUUGGCGGAGGAAUCGGGGGAGGCAUCCGCGGAGCGGACUUGUCGGGCGUGGACACGAACGCGCUUCUGGCGGAAAUUCUGAGCGGAAAGAUGCGCGCCGGCGCAAUAGAAGCGGGGGAGGAUAAGCGGAGCUUCAAACUAUCCGCGGCUGGUAACGGGGCGGACUAUGACGAGUACGCGCCUGAAGGACCUGGCCGCUCGGCUGGCCGCGUCAAGACGGAGCAAGAAUUUAUGAAUAUCCCCGCUACAGUGUUCUCCGGUACAAGCAGCCUCACCAGCGCUUCUGCCGCCGCCGCCACUGCUGCUGCUGCCGCUUCGCUCACGCAGGGUGCCGGGUCUUUAGCCCCUGAGCACCGGGUUUUUCUCUGCCCGUUCGACCGCUGCCCGAAGCACCAGUGGAGCAACGCCUUUGCUGACCGCAACUCCCGGAACCUCCACCAAGCCUCCUGCCCGUUCCGCCCGAAGCUCUCAGGUUCGGGAUCCCCUGCUCCUGCUGGCGCUGCUGGCGUCGCUGGUGCUAAUAUCGGUGGUGCUUAUAGCGGUGGUGGCAACAGCUGCCCCAUUCGCAGAAGUGCGAGUGCCUCUUCCUUCCUUCCUUCUGAAAGUCCCGCCGCCGCCGCUGGCGCCGCCGGCGCUGCUGGUGUGGCUGGUUCUGCUGGUGGUUCGGCUGUAGCGGGUGGUGGCGGCAGCAGCAAGCCGUCUGGCAAGGACCCUGCCGCGUUCGCGACCGCGGCUGCUACAGCCGCCGCCAUCAAGGCGAGCAUGCAGCAGGCCGGCAUGCAGCAGCAUGGUCAACAAAGUCAAUCCAAGUCAAGGCUCUCAAACUCCUCCCGUGCCCCUCCCCCUCCCGCCGCUCCUGCUGCAAAGCCUGCUGCUGCUGCACAGCCAGUAUCCCAUCCGAAUUUCCCUUACAACAACCACCAGCAGCACCAGCAGCAGUACCAUCAGCAGCAGCAGCAGCAGCAGCACCAUCAGCAUCAAGCUCAGCUGUUGAGGCAAGGAAGCUUCCCGGGUGAUUCCUUCCACCCGCCUCCUGCCAUCGGCCUGCCGACAGGAGCUGCCCCGGGCAGCGGGCAGUAUGGAGAAAUGUUUCCGGGGAUGAUGUUUGGGCAGCCUGGCAGCAUGAUGGGUAUGGCAGGAAUGGGACCACCAUCCAUGCAUCACCAUCACAUGGCACAUGCGGCACAUGCCGCACAUGCAGCGCAUGCGUCGGCCCAUCCGUUUGCCUUCCACAUGGCCUCCAUGGGCCACCCUUUCCCAGCUUACAACAGCAUGGCUGGUGGCAUUGCCAUUGGUCAGCAGCAACAGCAGCAGCAACAGCAGCAGCAGCAGCAGCAGCAGCAGCAGCAGCAGCAGGGAGAGGAGAUGCGACAGCAGCAGCAACAGCAGCAUCCGAGUCAGCAUCAACACAAGAGCAGCAGCACUGGUAACUCUGCUAAUAAUCAAUUCACUCGUCUGUCCGUUCUCCUCCCAUCUGCCACGCCUGCUGCUUCUGGUGCUCCCUCCAUCUCACCCCGUCUUGCUGCUAUCAUCGCUCAGCAACAGCAGCAGGAAGAGUUAAUCGCAACCGUUGGAUCGUGGGCCAAGGGCCAGCUCCAAACCAGGAUGAAGCGCCGAGCCUUGUCGGACCUCCAAGCCUUGGUGCCUGGCGAGCGCUCGCUCGGCCGGACCAUGACCGAACCUAUGGCGGAGGUCCGGGGCGAAGGGAGCGGGGCAGAGGGAAGUGGUGCUGGUGAUGCUGGUGCAGGGCAUUUCGGUGGGUUUGAGAAGUUGGCAGGAGAGGAGUGUGGGAUGGGUGGUGGGGGGGGUGCUGACGAGCUAGGUAUGUGGGAUGGGGGCAUGAUGGGGAGUUAUGGCGGCAGCAACGGCGGCAGUGGCAGCGGCGGUGGCAGUGGCGGCAGCGGUGGUGGUGCUGCUGCUGGUGCUGGUGGUGUUGAUGGUCAUGAGAACAUGUUCGGGAUGGGUGAUGCUGCUGCAGCACUGGCAGGAGGGAUGGCUGGAGGAAUAGCAGGAGGGUUGGGAGGAGGUUUGGGAGGAGGCCUAGCAGGGCUAGGAGGGGGACAUGACUCCAUGAGGCUGAUGGGUCAAUUGAUGAACGACGAUUUGCACUACUUCAGUUGCUGA